UAACUGAACAGUUGCUGUUAGUUGACACUUUUACCAAGAAAUGCUGAAUAUAUGUGGUUUGUUUUCUAUUGUCAAAUAGACCUAAAAUUAUCUGCUCUACAACUGGGAAGAAAUGACUUAUGAGCAAAAUGUCUGCUGCACUAAGUCUGCGUCUGUUACACUGCUACUCGAAGAAAGGCACAUUUGGACAUUGUUCUAGUGCUAUGCGCACACUUAGCAUUAGCGCACCGAGAGAAGGCUACAAGUAUGUAAAUGCCCAGGAGCAGCCAACUGACCUGAGGUCCAUCACUGACCGGGCUGCAACAACCCUCUUAUGGACUGAGCUUUUCAGAGGUUUGGCAAUGACCAUGAGCUACCUGUUCCGUGAGCCUGCCACCAUCAACUACCCGUUUGAGAAAGGUCCGCUGUCACCACGGUUUCGUGGCGAGCACGCCCUCCGCCGGUACCCCAAUGGAGAGGAGCGCUGCAUUGCUUGUAAGCUGUGUGAAGCCAUCUGCCCUGCUCAGGCCAUUACUAUUGAAGCUGAGACUCGAGCUGAUGGCAGCAGGAGAACUACACGUUACGAUAUUGACAUGACCAAGUGCAUCUAUUGUGGCUUCUGUCAGGAAGCCUGUCCUGUUGACGCCAUUGUAGAGGGGCCAAACUUUGAAUAUGCUACAGAGACUCAUGAGGAGCUGCUGUACAACAAAGAGAAGCUGCUCAACAAUGGAGACCGAUGGGAGGCUGAGAUAGCAGCCAACAUACAGGCUGAUUAUCUUUACAGAUGAACUGCGUCAUCUGUACAUUAUCAACAUAUAUAUAUGCAAUUAACGAAAUAGCUACACGUAGCCUUACUGAUGCAAAAGUGAAUUAGGGGUAAGCACUGAAACCAUGCUGCAGAUACGCACAAAUUAUACACUGCCUGGUGAAAGAUAUCACGUUAUUUUACUGACCUACUUUUAGCUGUGACUAUGGCUCAUAAUUUUAAUGUAUCAGCGAGCUUAUAACAAACUAUUCUCAAACAAAGUGGCAGUUUUAAGACAUUACAUGGAGGAUGGUAGGGUUGAACUGUGGGAUAAAGUCGUUUGGACAUUUCUAGCCAGGGUUAAGUCCUGGUGAGCCACCCAUGUGUGGAAAGGAUGAUUAAUUGUCUUAAAACUGUUAUGUUAGAAUAUACCUGUCACCAGGAAGGAAAUCAUCUUUUUGUGGAAGAAAAGGUCAGUUAACUCAUUUGGGCCUUUUAUAACCGAUUCACACUAUUUAUGAUGAAUCCAUCAUCUUAUCCACUCCUCUUCUUAAUAUAAUGCUUUCAUCACUCUGAAUCAGGGUCAGGUUGGACUCAUUAGACCAAGUGAAUUUAUGCCAUUGUUUCAGAUUAUAAUCCUUCUGCUUUCUAUUAAGAUGUAGUAAGCUAUUUUCCACUAUUAACUGCAUUCUUUACGUUUAAUUUGACUGUGCGGUGAGUGUUUCCAAGUGUUAAUUAAUUGGUUUAUUGCAUGUAUUUAAAUAUCUAUUUAUUUAUGAAGCAUGUCACAGUUUAUCAGCAUCUUACCAGAUUCUUAUAAUGAAUUGGACAUUCCUUAUCCCCAGGGUUUAAUGUUGAAAGUGGGCAGCCUUUGGAAUAAUUUUGCCUGGCCCUUGAUCACACUUCAAGAGUAGCACCACUGGUACUAACACAAGCAAGUGAUGCAGACUGACAGUUUCCAAACUUGUUUAUGGCGAGACCUUCGCUGACAAGUUCAAAUCUUUUUAAAAUGGAAAAGUUACAUACAACAAACUCUUAUGUUUGUGUUUUAUUUACACUGCCUUUUGCUUUAAUUUUAGUCACACACCAUACAGGACCACAAACAUCCAGCUUACUCAUAGCAGGAUGGGGGCCUGCUAUUCAUUAAAUCUGGCUAAAUAGAUCAAGCAUUUUUGAGAAAAAAGAGUGAUCUUAUUUCUACUUUUUCCUAAGUGAAGAAAAUAGAAAACAGUUGACUGCACAAAGUUAGUACAGCAGAUGUCUUCCCAACAGGAAUCAGAUUAUUUUGUUUCAUUAAAAUAUUGCAAUGUCAAAUUUUGCAUUGUCUUUAUAGA